AUGGCUGCGGCGGCGUGUCGGAGCGUGAAGGGCCUGGUCGCCGUUAUAACCGGAGGAGCCUCGGGUCUAGGUCUGGCCACAGCGGAGCGGCUGGUGGGACUGGGGGCCAGUGCUGUGCUUCUGGACAUACCCAGCUCGAAUGGGGAGGAGCAGGCCAAGAAGUUAGGGAACAGCUGUGCCUUUGCUCCAACAGACGUGACCUCAGAGAAGGACGUGCAAGCAGCUCUGGCUUUAGCGAAAGAAAAGUUCGGCCGUGUGGAUGUGGCCGUCAAUUGCGCAGGCAUCGCGGUGGCCAUCAAGACCUAUAACGCAAAGAGGACCCAGGCCCAUACCUUGGAGGACUUCCAACGAGUUAUCAAUGUGAAUCUCGUAGGCACCUUCAAUGUGAUCCGCCUUGUGGCUGGUGAGAUGGGCCAGAAUGAACCAGACCAGGGAGGCCAGCGUGGGGUCAUCAUCAACACUGCCAGCGUGGCUGCCUACGAGGGCCAGGUUGGACAAGCUGCAUACUCUGCUUCCAAGGGGGGCAUAGUGGGCAUGACACUGCCCAUUGCUCGGGAUUUGGCUCCCAUGGGCAUCCGGGUGAUCACCAUUGCUCCAGGUCUGUUUGGCACCCCGCUGCUGACCAGCCUCCCCGAGAAAGUACGCAACUUCCUGGCCAGCCAGGUGCCCUUCCCCAGCCGCCUGGGCCACCCCGCUGAGUACGCCCAUCUGGUCCAGUCCAUCAUCGAGAACCCGUUCAUCAACGGAGAGGUCAUCCGGCUGGACGGGGCCAUCCGCAUGCAGCCUUGA